AUGGCCGAACAAUGCCCAAGAACUUGCGGAAGGUGUUCUGUCACCGGUGGCACCACCAGUGAGUCCCAUUGGUGGACUUUCUCCCAGUCGCGAAAUAGAGGAGUUUCAGCUUGCGUCGAUCGGGUAAACCCAGCUACCGGAGUGUCCGACUGUCCAGCAUUGGCCCAUCUAUGUAACAAUGCAGCUUAUACGGCUUUGAUGACCGAACAAUGUCCACUCACAUGUAACAGAUGUUCAAGCGUAGGCGUUACCAGUGCAACCACGGUAUCCGGGACUUGCGCGGACAAGUUGAACCCUAGAACGGGUGUGUCCGAUUGCCCGAUGAGAGUAUCGCUCUGUCAGGAUUCUAAUUACAUUGCCAUUAUGAGAGUGGAAUGUCCAAAAACCUGUGGAUUCUGUACUGGUAGUACUGUAAGCGGAGUAACCAGUGCAAGUACUGUAAGCGGUGCUACAGUUUCCACCACUCGCCUGCCAGGCACUUGCGUCGAUGCCAUCAAUCCGCUCACCGGAACGUCGGAUUGUCCUUCAAGAGUUGCUCUAUGUAAUGAUGCGGCCUACCGAAAUCUCAUGGUGGCUCAAUGCCCACGAACUUGUGGAGUCUGCUAG